GCAAACAAUAUUUAUAUCACUCUAAAAGUUUAGGUGCAUGUCCAUUUCGAGGAGCAUCAUCAUUUCAUUAUUGAGCUCCACUCGCAAACGGCACAUUAGUUUUGCGUGCACUUAACGACUAUAUGAGUCUCAUAGAAGUUUCCUAGUUAGAUCAAUUAUGUACUUAGGUACGUGUAUUAAGCUUUGUACAUAUUUGACCAUGUACUUAAGUCACUUUUAUCAUCAUUUUAUUAACAUGAAUCAGGAUAUUGAUUGAAGAAGACAGCCUAUCAAUAAAUAAAUCACUGCCGAUAGCGAAUGAUUAUUUAUUUUAUCAACAUAUUAAUUUUAACAGAAUACAUAUUUUCCAAGUAUUAAAAAAUAUUGCCAAAUGAUAAGACGUCUUACGUAUAUUCGCGCUUCGAGCUCAUAAAAAUAUGUGUCCUAAAUGACGAAAAAGGAAUAAAUAUUUACAGAUGAGUUCUUAUAUAAUCAAACGAACUGAACAGAAAUUUGGCUUGAAAAUACUGUUAUAUAAUUGAAGUAAAUAUAUAAAACAGAAGUGUGUUCAAAAUGGAUUCUCAAAUCGAAAAUAAUUGUAAAUUAUCUUUAGAAGAAGCGCUGGAGAAAACAGGUUAUGGCCUUUACAACUAUCUGAUUAUCGCCCUAGCUGGAAUUGGCACAAUAUCAUUCAUAGCACUGACCUUUGGAUCCACUAUCAUCGUGCCAGCCAGUGCUUGCGAGUUAGCCACCACAAGUGCACAGCAGGGUCUACUAGUUGCGGUGCCAGUCUUUGGAGCGGUGGUUGGUACUCUGUUAUGGGGUUACCUUGGUGACACUCGCGGUCGCCGCCGCAUGCUGUUGUUAUCGCUGACUCUGGGCGGAACCUCCAAUGCGUUGGCCAGCAUCUCAGUCAACUGGCUCAUGCUCAUGAUUGUCCAACUCUUCACUGUUACUUUUGGCUCAGGGAUAUACGUGCUAUCAAUGACUCUACUCAGCGAAAGCGUGCCUGUGAGGAAACGAAAUGUCGCCAUGCUGCUCGUCUCUAGCAUCUUCCUCCUAGGACAAGGUCUAAUAUCAGUAAUGGCAAUACCAGUCAUACCCCUAAGCUUUUCCCUCCACAUGCCAGCGCUGGGAAUAUACUGGAACUCUUGGCGAACCAUGCAAGUGGUCUACUCUUUGCCCUGUGUUAUCUGUGGAGUCUGUCUGUUGUUCAUGCAGGAGAGCCCUAAGUACGCACUUGCCUCCGGUGAUGAGGAUUGGUCGUUGAGGAUUUUGGAAACUUUUUAUAGAGUGAAUAAUGGAAAACGCGGUGAAGAAUUCGGGGUGAAAGGUUUGCUGAAAGAAACAAAAACAGCAGAAAAGAAAUCGGCAAAAGAUCAAAUUUUACCGCUCUUAAAGAUGCCGUACUUGAAGUACACGCUGGUCAUGGCUUGUCUUUUCAUAUUACACCAAAUUGUGAUAGCAUUUUUAGUAUGGGCACCGACUAUUACCGACAAGUUCAUGAAGCUGCUGGAAACUGGGGAGGGCACAGACUUCACCCUCUGCCAAAUCAUCGAUGCCGAAGUCGAACCUAAUCCUAAUGUCGUCCCUUGCUCGCUCAACCGCAACGCUCUGCUACUGAUGUUCGGAGUCUGCGCCAUGCACUCUUUCUUCAACACCAUCCUCAGCCAGAUAGUGGACAAGACAGGUCGUCGCAACAUGGCGAUGGUAGUAGCGUCCAUUUGCGGCGUGGCAGGCAUCCUCAUCAAUCUGGUACCCAACGCUGUGGGGACUGUGGUCUUAUUCAUAGCCUUCUCCAUCGCGUUGGUGUCCAUGGGCUUCUAUACGACGAUCUCUGUUGCGCUGUUUCCAACGCAUUUGAGAACAACAGCAGUAGCGCUCACAAUGAUCGGCGCGCGGCUCAUGAGCGUGUUCUUCAUCCAGAUUGUCAACUACCUCCUCGCCAACUGGUGCGCUGGUGGCUUCUACGUGUGCUCUGCGUUGUUUGGCUCAUCGGCUCUAAUAUUGGCGUUAAUACCAGACGACCGACGGAUACGUGCUCCGCCUCCUAAUGACCACGAGAACACUGAAGAAAAGAGGACAUCUUUAUAAUAGCAAAGUUAUU